AUGGCUGAGCCUGCCCCCGUCCCCAUAUCCGAGAGUGACAAUCCAGACGCCAUCGCCCUGCGCUCCGCCAUCUCCAUCCUCCAGAUCCAAAAACAACAGGCAGUCCGUGACAUAAAAACACUUGAUCAUCUGAAACAAGCCGCGGUGGCACACCCGGAAGCGUUUGCGCGGGAACUCGCCAAAGGCACCCUUACCUCCAAGUCUGGCGAUAUCUUCAAUCCCACCGGCAUUGAAGAUGGUGAUGAAGAUGGACAUGCAGACGGGAUAAUGGCUCAAGCGAAUACAAGUACGCCUAGUGUUACAGAUGUAGGUGCUAUGGAUGUCGACGAGCACCCACGUCCGGCUUUUGGGAAAAUCCCCGCCCCGCAGAGCGUCGUGCGCAUGCCCCCUAUUAACUGGGCUAAGUAUCACAUCGUCGGCGAACCGCUGGAUAAGCUUCAUGAAGAGCAGAGACGGCGUCCAUCGGCCGGGGAGCCUCAGAGGGAUGAUGUCUCGUCGCAGCAGAGAGCGCCAGAACAUUUCAUCGCGGCGCCGUAUCGACCGUUUACGGACAAUCUAGAGGCACCUAUGAAAACGCGGAGUACGAAUAGAGCGAAGAAGUGA